AUUUUUUUAUGAUAAUUUGAGAAAAAUGGAAAUGUAUUUCUAUCCAGAUUUCAAACACUUGAUUCAAUAAUACUCCUUUCAUAAGUAGGUACACACUCAAAACUUUACUUUGAUUUUUUGACAUAAUCGCCAUAGUGAACUAAAUGAGAAAACUUUUUCUUCUCGCCUCAUUCUUUUAUGAUUGUUCGAAUUCCAUUCAGAUAAUUCUAUGGAAAAACUGACAGUUCUGCUUUUCUUGUCAUGGUCUGAACCUACACCUUUCGUGAAGAUAUUUUUUCUUUUGAAAUCAUCUGUAAUGCACUCGAUAUUCGAAUUGUAUCUCUCUUGGGCGCAUAUUCAGGUCGUGAAAGUCUCUUACUUCAGUUAUAAGAGUGAAAAGAAUGAGGUACCGGUACAAGUUGGUAAUGGGUCCACAGUACCUUUGGUGGAUGGUAACAAAAGAGAUGAAGAAUUGGGGACUUAUAAUCCAGCAGAUCACAGGGAUUUGAAACAUCCAACUUCUGAUCUGGACACACUCAUACAUUUACUAAAAGGAAGUUUAGGUAGUGGUAUACUAUCCAUGCCCCUGGCAUUCGCCCACGCCGGAUUGGCCAUGGGUCUGGCUUGUACAUUACUCGUAGGUAUUAUUUGCACCUACUGCGUCCACAUCCUUGUCAAAAGUGCACAUAUACUGUACAAACGGAACCGAGUACCUGCUCUUGGAUUCGCAGAACUGGCCCACGCAUCGUUUCUAGCAGGGCCCAAGUCAUACCACCAAUGGGCGCAGUUUGCGAAGUCAAUGAUCAAUUUCUUUCUAGUAGUCGAUCUUCUAGGCUGUUGCUGCGUAUAUAUUGGUUUCGUUGCUAGCAACAUGAAACAUGUUAUCGAUGCUAACACAGGAACCGACUAUGACGUCAGAUUGUACAUGGCCGCCCUUCUGCCAUUACUGAUAGCAGUCAAUCUCAUAAGAAAUCUCAAAUAUCUGGCCCCGUUUUCUAUGUUGGCGAACAUAUUCAUCGGGACUGGUAUGGCCAUAACUUACUAUUACUUGAUUCAAGACCUUCCCUCAGUCGAGACUGCACCCCAAUUUGUCGAAAUCAAACAACUGCCCAUGUUCUUCGGAACGGCCAUCUUUGCUCUGGAAGGUAUUGGUGUCGUGAUGCCUCUAGAGAAUAACAUGAAACAUCCCAAUCAUUUCAUCGGAUGUCCAGGCGUUUUGAAUAUUGGAAUGGCCUUUGUAGUGGCGUUAUAUUCUAUUACUGGUUUCCUUGGUUUUUUGAAAUAUGGUACAAGUGUUCAGAGCAGUAUUUCAUUGAAUCUUCCAAAAGAUGAAGCAUUGGCCCAGUCGGUGAAAGUGAUGAUUGCCCUCGCGAUCUUCUUCACUUACAGUUUACAAUUUUACGUGCCAAUGGAAAUAAUCUGGAAGAACGUCAAGUCCAAGUUCACCAGCAGGCCAAAUUUGUCAGAAUACACAAUAAGAAUUUCACUGAUCAUCUUAACUGUAGCUUUAGCGAUUUUAGUUCCUAACAUUUCAGGUUUCAUUUCUUUAGUUGGAGCCGUCUGUCUGUCAAUGUUGGGCAUGAUCUUCCCGGCCAUCAUUGAAUCGCUUACGUUGUACGAGGAACCCGGCUUUGGAAAAUGGUCGUGGAGGCUAUACAAAAAUAUAUUCCUGAUUAUUUUCGGCUUAGUCGGGUUUCUUACCGGUUCGUACGUUAGUAUCCAGGAAAUUUUCUCAUCUCAGUGAGACAUACCCUUAGAUUCCAAGCGUCAUUCUACCUGCGAAAUCUUUGAAUGAAAAAUUAACUUCAGAAUGUUGAAGAGAACCAAGUAGAGGAAUCAGCCUACCAGCUGAAACCUGGUAGAAUUUAAAGAUUGAAUUUGAUUCAAAACAAGAAUUAUUCGAAGAACUUCAACAUCUUCUUGUUCCGUUUUACCAAAAAAUAAUAAUAAUAAAGAAGGAAAGCUGCUAGAAGCGACGCUUGUUCAUAGUCAGAUUAUGAAUAACGAUUAGGCUGCUAAGUACUGUAUGUGAUUUUCUAAACAGCAGAACAAUAAUAUUAUAUACCAUAAAUUCACUACAAAAUAGCAGGCACAUAUUCUUAGACCGAGUGAUCGAUUCGUUUUUAAACGAAACAUUUCAACUGUUAAAUGUCGAAUGGACAGAUUCCCAUAAUUUUGGUGGUGGAAGAACAAACGACACUGCAACUUGAUGUUUGGCAUGAAAGUAUUUCGAAUAGAUAAACUUCAUUUAUUUUAUAUUUUGUAGAUCUAAAUCAUCCUACAGAUUCUUGCAGUGUUACUUGUUACAGAUAUGUUUACAUUAUGAAAUUUUUAGGCAAGAACUUGUGUUCUGAAGUUGGAAAUUCAACAGAACUAAACAGAUCGGGCAUCAUUUCAUUCGACAUCAAGAAAUAUAACUCGAUCUAAGAAUAUCUUCUUGAGAAUGACACACAUAAAAGGAAGUAAUAUUUUUUGUAUUGUUUUACUAUCACCUCAAGUGCUUGAAUCUGAUGAAAUAUUAUAGAUAUUCUAAAUAUCAGUUUAUACUUGACAAGACUGUGUCCUAGAGAAGUGCCAAAAAGUAAUGAUAGGAAAAAGGUUCCUUGUGAUUUUAUUUAUUUUUACUAAGUAUUAUUAUAAAUUAGUUGAUUUUGUAGACAUUUAGAAAACAACGAAACAUUUAAGCUGUCGAAGGAGUACGAAAGGACCAGAUGGAUAAAAGUAUUCUGAACAAAAUAAAUAUUUGAGUUUUUUA